UAAAAACGAGUUCGAUGUAGUUUUUUUAUUCAGUUUAAAGGUGUCAUUCAAACAAAUAUGAAGCUCGUCAUUUUAGCCAUUAUAUUUUCUGCAGUUGCUGCCUUGGCCCUUGGAGGUCAUGGAGGUCGAAGUGGAGGUCAAAGUGGAGGACGCAGUGGAGGUCGAAGUGGAGGAAGGAGUGGAGGCCAAAGUAAUGCAUCAGAAGAGAGUAGAGAGAAGAAUGGUUUGGAAGACUGUUAUCCAAGAUAUGGAGAUUUUAUGAGAUACAAUCAGUACAGGUGUAAUAAGAUUUGCGAGGACGGAUCAGAAGCAACAAGAACUUAUUUCAGAGCUGGUUCUCCUUGCGCUGAUAAUAGUACACCACUAUGUCCUUGUACUGAUGGAACUAGACCCACAUGUACUGAUGGUACAAUGGCAAGAAAACCAUGCGCUGACAGUUCUUAUCCAACUUUAUCCUGCACCUAUAAAACCGCUGGUUGGUGGAGAAGGAAACCUGUUUGUGUUAUGGUCUGCCUUGAUGGAAGUUCUCCAAGAUCAAUCUGUGCCGACAACUUCUGUCCCAAGUGCAGUCCUUCAACAUUUACUACUUCAACAUCAACUGCUGCGACAUCAACUGUUUCAGAAUCAGCCACUGCAGUUGUAACUAAUGCUGUAACUGAAUCAGCAACAGCUGUGACCAAUGCAGCAACAGCUGUAAUUGAUACCGCAACAGCUGUAAUUGAUACCGCAACAGCUGUAAUUGAUACAGCAACAGCUGUGACCGAUGCAGCAGCAGCUGUAAUUGAUACCGCAACAACUGUAAUUGAUACAGCAACAGCUGUGACCGAUGCAGCAACAGCUGUAGUUGAUACAGCAACAGAUGUUAUUGAUACAGCAACAUCUAAAUAGUCAACUUCAGCUAAUAUACAGGAUUUCAGAGAUCUAAUAGACUAUUGUAUAUUUCAGAGAUCUAAUAGACUAUUGUAUAUUUCAGAGAUCUAAUAGACUAUUGUAUAUUUCAGAGAUCUAAUAGACUAUUGUAUAUGAAUCUAUUCAGUUUUAUGUCAGAUUUUUAGUUUUGUCUUUAAGCUUGUUUCUUUACUAUAAACAGCCAAAUAAUUUAAAUUUUCCAUUAAAAGCAAAUUAUAUGCUAGGCACACAUAUGUUAAACUUUCAAGUCUUUACAUUUAAAUUAUUACAGGUGUUGCCCGUGGAA